AUGCUCAGCGAUCCAGCAUGCAAAUUCGAUGCUGUCCUUUUCCACCUCAGCUCCAGGGACAUCGAGAUCGCUAUGAAGCCUGGAAAUCGCGUCAUCAAAGAGGAAGUGCGGUGUGGGCAUCCUAAGAAUCUUGGUAAGCUCGUGACCUUUGAUUUAACGUCGGAGCCUGGCAUGGAGAAGUUCUUCAAGUACCUGAAGAUGGAUCACAUGGUCAAGAUCCUACCGCCACACAAGCCAGAGCCACCGGUAGCUCCACCCGGCCAGCGCAUCUCUGUCAUGCCCGAACCCGCCAUACAUGCAUUCUUCCUGGAGGAUCCCGAGUAUAUCGACAACUUGGGUCGUGAUCCAAUGCAGCAGAAUAAGAUUUGGUUGAUUGAAGAUGCUGAAGAGCGCGUCGAGAAGCUUAGAGAAGUGUUAGAAGAGUACCCGAAGCAGAAGCAUAGACGCGAGAUGCUGUGCGCUGCAGCCGGUCGAGGCGAUGAAGCGAUUGUGCAGUUUUUUGUUGGUUCUGGGAUUAGGGUUCAGCCGGAUGUGGAGAAAGCGCUGGAAGAAGAGAAGGAGAAUGGUGACGCUGGAGACGUCGAUGAUGACGGGAGUAUACCGGAUAAAGACGAUCCUGCGAUCUCGCCGUUACAUGCGGCGGUCAUGAACAGUCAUGUUGAGUGUGUCAAGAUUUUCCUGGAGAGUGGCGUGGAUAUCGAAUCCCGUGAUGAAUAUGGAAGAACGCCACUGAUUGCGGCUGCUGCUGUGUCGCAGCCGGGUAUGAUUACAUACCUGCUCGGACAAGGCGCAGAUUCCACGGCAAGGGCGAACGGGAAGACUGAGAGAGCAACGCAGUUUAUGGGCAAUUGUAUAAACGCGAAUGCGCUCGAGGUAGCGGCUGGAUCUGGAGACCUUCAAACAGUCAAGCUGUUGCUGGAACAUCCCUUUCCUGGACCUACCAGAAAGAGGAAGGACCGAGAGGACGAAUCGACUGGCGUCUUAGUGACACCUCUAGCUAUCAAGAGAGCAGCGGCCGGGAGUUUCGAGGUUUUGACGCUGUUGCUCGAGGAGGGCGGUUACCCUACCGAGGAUAAGGAUGGGAAAAUAGCGACAGAUCUUCUCAACUACGAGCAGAAGAAUACUCUCGAGGUUGCUAUGUCCUGGGCAGCGGAGGCAGGAGAUUUCCAGUCCCUAAAGCUGAUGCUCAAGUACAAAUACCCGACGGACGAGCAUGGCAACAUUCUACCUUUCGAGGUACCUCAAGCACUACAAAGACAAUUCGUAUACGGUGCCUACAACGCCAUGCGUCUCAACCGGCCCGAAAAGUUCGAAUUCAUCAAAAGUCUCGGCGUAAAAGAGCACGACACAAUGUCUCUCGACAAAUUACCCCUAGGCCAAAACUUCAACAUCCAGCACCUAUUCGAGCGAGCCGUAGAAGCAGGCUCACUCAACUGCGCCCGCCUCAUGAUCGAGAAGUACGCCGCAGACCCAAACACCCACCGCCUCCCUCCCGGUACCAAACCUCUGUACAAAGCAGCCGCAAACAACCGCACCGAAAUGGUGAGAUACCUUCUCGAGAACCACAGCAUGAAUAUCCAACUAGGAAGUGGACGCUACGCAUCUGGCCCAACUCCGCUGUGGAUCGCCAUCAGCCUUAAAGCGCUCGGCAGUAUAGCGCUACUCCUGGAGCACGGCGGCCCAGUAGACUACCUAGACGAAGAGCUCAAGCACAUAACAGCCCCAACGACGGCUAUCUUACGCAUCCAAGUCAAGACUCGCCCCGAGGUACGGCUUGAGACAGUCUCAAGCGCGCAAGGCUACGUCGACGCCGCGCGCAGCGACUUCCGCAAUAUGAACCCGCCUCAUGUACGCUUGGAGCUCGGUCCCGAAGACGUACAUUGGAUUCGCAAGAUCCAGCUUAGGUGGGGUGAUGAGCGGCUUAGGGAAGAAGGCGGGAAUGCACGCGAGCUUAACGAGCGGGAAGGUGUGGAGUUGGAGGGCCUUGAUGAGGGGGAUGUAAGGUGGAAGAUUGUGGGGAUACCUACGGUUAAGGAGAGGGAGGAGGAGCUGGAGACGGAUUGGGAUUUGAUGCCGAGGUUUGUGGCUGCUUUUGAGUGGGCGGGGUAG